AUGAGCGCAACCGACUUCUAUCCUAUCGGCAAAUGGCCUGCCCAUUCGGCGCAAAUGGCCGAGGCCCAAGAAGAGCUCGAGCAGCAAGUUUUCGGGGGCGACAGCUACCCUAUGGUGCUGCAGUCAGACAUGGAGCCAUGGCUCGGGCAGCUCGAUUGGAGUGGCGAGAUGAGCUCCAAGUCUGCAGGUCUGCAGCCAUAUCCAAAGUCCUGGUACGAGGCGGGCCUCGUCAGUGACCAGAGGAAACAGCUGGAAACCUCCUGGAACUGUUUGGGACAUGCAAACCCAUCAUCGACCUUGUACCACGCAGACGCCGAGCAGCGACUCCUCUCGCAGCUAGCAACCGAACGAGCCCUCUUCAUGACCCCCUCGGCCCAUUCUACCUACCCCAGCUGGGAAUUCCCAGGUUCCCCGGUAUCCGACUCCAGUGGCACUCCCGAAAUGUCUCACUCGUCCCGGUGGGAGUCGGAACAGGAGGAGAGACACUCCCGAUCGCCCAACACAGCCCCGGAACCCCACCGGAUACCAAACAAUGCUGCCUAUGAGUAUUUUCCACAUUCACGUAGGGUAGAUGAAGAGGAGUCAUUUGGAGUGUUGGAGAUGCCGGAUGGAACCACUCGGUGCACAGCCAACUGGUUGCCUGUCGAUUCGAGCGCUGGGUUCACCAUCGGUUCAGACUCGUUUCGGGGCCUGCAUGAUCUUGACCACAUGGAGGAUUCCCACGAACUGCGAGGUGCAUUCUUUGCGAACCCCACCAGAUGA